GCCCAGAUGCUUUCCAGCAGGAAGUCCACCUGUUUGUACUUAACACGAUUCUUUAUCCGUCCCUGUCCUCUGUCUCAGGAAUGGUCCAGAAGUUGGACCAGAAGCUCCCGGUGGCCAACGAGUAUCUCCUCCUGUCGGGAGGCGUUCGGGAGGGUGUGGUGGACAUGGACCUGGACGAGCUUAGCGUCUACGCCCGUGGCACAGACUAUGAUAUGGACUUCACUCUGCUGGUCCCUGCCCUCAAACUCCACGACCGCAACCAGCCGGUGACCCUGGACAUGAGGCACUCGGCCCUUGGUCACUCCUGGCUCAGCCUCCGCCUCUUCGAUGAAGGAACCAUUAACAAGUGGAAGGACUGCUGCACCAUCGUCGACCACAUCAACGGGACCACCAACUACUUCUUUUCUCCGACUCUGGUUGCAGACUGGUUCUACCAGUCCAUCUCCCUGGUGUUGCUGGAGGUGCAGAAGAAGCCGCAGAGAGGGAUGCCACGAGUGGAGAAGGUGGAGAGGUACGGCACCAUCAUCUCUGUCAUCCUGGGCGUUGGGAGCAGCCGGAUGCUGUAUGACAUCGUCCCGGUGGUGUCGUUCAAAGGCUGGCCGGCUGUAGCUCAGAGCUGGCUGAUGGAGAACCACUUCUGGGAUGGGAAGAUCACGGAGGAGGAGGUGAUCAGCGGCUUCUACCUCGUCCCCGCCUGCUCCUACAAAGGCCGCAAAGAGAACGAGUGGCGCUUGUCGUUCGCCCGCAGCGAGGUGCAGCUGAAGAAGUGCAUCUCGUCCAGCCUGAUGCAGGCGUACCAGGCCUGUAAAGCCAUCAUCAUCAAGCUGCUGUCUCGCCCCAAAGCCAUCAGCCCCUACCACCUCCGCAGCAUCAUGCUGUGGGCCUGCGACCGUCUUCCCGCCAACUACCUGGCACAGGACGACUUCUCUGCCCACUUCCUGCUCGGCCUGAUUGACGACCUGCAGCACUGCCUCGUCAACAAGAUGUGUCCCAAUUACUUCAUCCCUCAGUGCAACAUGCUGGAGCAUCUGUCGGAUGAGACGGCCAUGCUUCAUGCCCGCAAACUCUCCUCUGUGCGCUCCGACCCGGCCGAGCACCUCCGCACCACCAUUGAACACGCCAAGGCCGCCAACAGGUUGACGGUGGAACUGCAGUGGCGGGGCAGCUCCAACAACCUGCCGUCGCCGCAGUCCGACGCGGGCGGGGAGAACCAACCCGACGACCGCCUGGCCAAGAAGCUUCAGCAGCUGGUCACAGAGAAUCCUGGGAAAUCCAUCUCGGUCUUCAUCAACCCAGAUGAUGUCACACGGCCGCACUUCCGCAUCGAUGACAAAUUCUUCUGAGGAAUGCUCUCCCGGGCCUGCUCCUCCUCUUCGUCCUCUUCCUCUUACACCUCCUCCUCUUUCUCUGCCUUCUCUCUGAUCGCCUGGUGCCCCACCUCCUCUGAAACUUUAUUUUCUACAUUUGUUUAUGUUUCUCUGCCACAGAGUGAAGUGAGGUGAUCGUCUCGUUGUGUCUGCCACAGUUUUUAACUCUUAUUUUUCUAUUCCCUCUCCCUGGUCCCUCCUCGUUCACUGUGUGCCCUGUGUUUUCUGAACCUGCUGAAUGCCUUUAAAUAGAAUAGCAGCAGGUUGUUUUGAAACUGAUGGACGAGGUGAAAAUCAACCUUCAGAUGGAAUUCUUCUUCCUAUGCUGCGUUAGUUCAAUGUAUUUAUCAGGGAUUCCGGAGACGAGACGGAACCACCUCCUCCUGAAAACAGCACAGAGAGUCAGGUGAAAUAAUCAAACCACACAAACGAACAUCCACCUUAAACAGGAAGUAACCACCGCCCAGUCAUAACCACUGAAUUAACUACAUCUCUCUUCAAACCUUUAUUCUUUCGAGAGGUUGAACUGAUGCAAGAAACGCAAAAGAUGAAUAUUUCAAUAUUUUGUAAAAAGGUAUUAUAACAACAUUACGGGUACCGUCUCAGAAUCAGUGCUAACGAUGAGUUUUGUUUGAAGGUGGAUUUUCUCCCUCUGACGAAUGUCUUAGUCCCGCCUCGGGAUGAUGGUACUAACGUAACUAACUGUAAAUAGAAGAGAACUGACUGAACUCAUGUCGACAGAUGAUGAAGACGAUGAUGAAGAUGAUGAUGAUGUGUGGACUACUCUUUAUUUAACUUUGCACAGAAUGUAUAAAAAACACUUUUCCUCUCGAUGGUGGACGUUGUGUUCAUCCUGAUUCUAGGAUGAUGUUUCAUAUCAUUAGUCAGGUGACACUUUACACCACUGACACUCCGUUUAACGUGUUUAUUAACGUGUUAAUUAACUGGAGGAACAGCAGCGAGUACACAGUGAUAUUACAUUAAUACGUCUUCAGGGUGAUGUGGGCUCCGAUGUGCAGAUUCCUCCCCCUGGAGUCAGUCGAGUGUCAUGACUCAAACAGAAAUUAAUCUGUAGAGGAUUUAAACGAUGGAAGUUAACGGAACGUGAUAAAACACAACACGAGCUGCAAACACACAGUUUAACAAAGAGACUGAAAGUACAACAGUAUUUGUGUGUUUGUGUGUUUUCUUCAGUUGCAGUUCUCAAACGAACCUUUUUCAGCUGGUACUGUUCAGUGAGGCCCCACCCCCGCUCCUCCAAACAUGGUUACUUCUGGUAAAAACCAAGAUGGCGCUGGACUAAAUGUCGAACUGAGGCUUCAGAG